UUUCCAUUACUUUUUGUUAUUGAAGAUAUAAUUCUCCAUUGUACUUCAAGAAGCCAUUUGAAUCUAUAAGAAGCACAUCAUCCGGAUGUUGAUUCUCAUGCAAUUCAAAAGGAGAACAAAAGAAACCCCAACAGAAUCUCACAAUUUCUUGAUGUUGUUCAUCAGAAAACAAAAAAAGUGGUAAAAGAAAAACCACGAACGACCCCAUUGAUUAGCUCAUGCAAUGAUGCGGGUUAAUCCCGCAAAACGGUGAGGCCAAAAAGAGACACAGCAAUCAUGGCGGCCUUCUCUUUCUCUAAGGUUUGCCGCUUAACAUAUAAUAGCAAAUAGCAAUAUAACACACGCACGCGAAGUGUUUGCAGAAAUUACAAGCUGAGAGAAAUGGGCAGAACCCCAUUUUUAUAGCUCAUUUUCCUUUCCUUUGAUGCCACAAAUCUUGGAAUACAUUCAUCCAGGUGUCGCCCCAUUUUAUCUUUCUUUCUUCCCGAAAACUCAGCCUAAUUUUGUUCAGAAACAUCAGCGGAGGGGAAAAAAAUUAAAGGGUUCGAGCUUUCUUUGCUUGAAGAAGAUUCCAUCCCCUUCUUGACUUGUGUUUUUAGAACAUGACCCAGAUUGUAAAGAACUAAGGCUUGGUUUGGUUUCUCAUAUCUCUAUGGUAUUUGGUCAGUUAGAGAUUGUGUGAAAUCGUUUUCCUGAUAUCGGGAGUUUUUAGUAUGGGGGAUCACUUUGUUUUGCUGGUUGAUCGGUUGCUGACCGAGUCGAGGUUGGAAGCAGCUAUCGAGAGCCGAAAGCGGUCGACGGAGGCCACAUCCUCUGCCAUGGAUUGUUUGAGGAGGGACAAAUCUUCCCCAGAAAUGGAGUUUGAAAAUAUACCAUCCCCAAAGAAAAUGGUGGAAUGUAGAAUAUGCCAGGAUGAGGAUGAAGACUCGAAUAUGGAAACGCCCUGCUCCUGCUGUGGCAGCCUGAAGUAUGCGCAUCGGAGUUGCAUACAGAAGUGGUGCAAUGAGAAGGGUGACACAAUUUGUGAAAUAUGCCACCAGCAAUUCAAACCAGGUUACACAGCUCCUCCUCCAUUGUUCGAAAUGGGGCGUAUCCCAAUGAACUUCAGGGGAAACUGGGAGAUUUCGAGACGGGACUUGGGUAGUCCUAGCUAUAUAGCAGCAAUGGUUUCGUCAAACCGUAACGUUGCUGAUUCCGAAUAUGAUGAAUUCUCCACUUCUGCUGCUAACAGUGUGCUUUGCUGCCACUCGGUUGCUAUCAUUUUCAUGGUUCUUCUGGUCUUGAGGCACACUCUUCCCCUCAUAUUUAAUGAAAGUGGUGAUUACUCUUUCCCCAUGCUUCUGUCGAUAUGCCUGCGAACUUUCGGGAUCUUUCUACCGAUAUACGUCAUGUUCAAAGUAGUCACCACAGUUCAUCGCCGUCGACUUCUCAUGCCAGUGUCUCCUAGUACAUCCAACAUAAUCCGGAGUUCGUCGUCCCUACCGCCUCAAGCUCAGCCGUAUGUUAUCCGUGUUCGGUGAGCUUCGUACCAGCUCGAAGAAAUUAAAUUUCAAGGCUGAAAAAUAGUGUAGCUGUGGAAAUCUUAAUGCAGAAAGUUUCCAUGGCUGUAGGACUUCUCAGCUUCAGGUAAUUAUGGUGGAAAGUCACAUUGUAAAGGAUAGAAAAGGAAGAAAAUCGUCAAAAAGGGUUAUGUAGUUUGUUAGAUGAUUUAUUGUGUUAGAAAAUCUCUGUACAGAAAAGGAAAAUAUGAUAUGAAAUAUAUAUGUAUGUAUAUAUAAUGUAUGGUAACUCUGUAUAAUUCUAACUGAUGAUGUUAUCAUUGUUGGGCUUUGAUUCAACAUAUAAGGCCCAUUUUAGUUUC